CGAGUACAGGUGACAGAUUCAAAAUCUCUAUGGAUAAUGAUUCUAGUACGACUCGUGAUAACGAAUAUUGCAAAUAUGCGUUCCUGAUAGAUCCUAAUGAAAUUGAUAAAUACAAAACAUCCCAUCAUCUGGAUUAUUAUGUUCCUGUCCUACUAACUUGGUCCCUUAAUGUUACGUAUUUCGACAUAUUUAAAACACAUGUUAUCCAGAUCUAGCAACUUCUACUGCAGCAGCAAUAAUGGUACUUUAAAUUCCUCUCUCGAUAGGAUAUACAGCUGUCGCUGCAGAUAUGGAUUUCGAGGGAGUGCGUACAUUCAGGACGGGUGUCAAGAUAUUAAUGAAUGCAAUGAUGAGAAAAUCCCGAAUCCAUGUCAUGGAGACAGUACUUGCGUCAACACAAUCGGGGGAUAUCGUUGUAGUUAUAAGCGCAAAUUUAUCUUUAUAGUUGGGAGUGCUCUUGGAGCCUUAGUACUUGUUUUUGGUACAUGGAGACUAUACAAAUUCAUAAAGAAAAGAAAAGAAAUUAAACAGAAGAAAAUAUUUUUCAAACGAAAUGGUGGCCUUUUGUUGGAACAGCAAAUACACUCGAGUGAAAACAAUGUCGAGCAAACCAAGUUGUUCGAUGCAAAAGAGUUAGAGAAGGCAACAAAAUUUUUUAGUAUAGACAGAGUUCUUGGACAAGGAGGUCAAGGCACUGUGUACAAAGGAAUGUUGGAAGGCGGAAAGAUUGUCGCGAUAAAGAAGUCUAAAAUAAUUGAUGAAGCCAAACUCUCUGAAUUCAUUAAUGAGGUUGUUAUUCUUACGCAAAUCAAUCAUAGAAAUGUUGUCAAGCUAUUGGGAUGUUGUUUGGAGACAGAUGUUCCACUUCUAGUUUAUGAAUUUAUCCCAAAUGGAACACUUUCUGAGUAUAUUCAUGAGAGAAAUGCAGGGUUUCCUUUUACAUGGAGCAUGCGAUUACAAAUUGCAACUGAAGUUGCAGGAGCUCUUUCAUACUUACAUUCAGCAGCUUCUUUUCCAAUUUAUCAUCAGGAUGUUAAGUCUACAAACAUACUCCUUGAUGAAAAAUUGAGAGCUAAAGUUGCAGACUUUGGUACAUCAAGAACUAUUUCCUUAGAGCAAACACACUUGACUACUGUAGUUUAUGGCACAUUUGGUUAUCUAGAUCCAGAAUAUUUUCAAACAAGCCAAUUUACAGAUAAGAGUGAUGUUUAUAGUUUUGGAGUGAUUCUUGUUGAGCUCUUGACUGGAAAAAAAGCAAUAUCUGCAACAAGAUCAGAGGAAGGAAUAAGUUUGGCGACAUAUUUUAUAAUGACAAUGGAGGAAAAUAGCAGUAGUCUGUUCAACAUUCUUGAUAGUCAAGUUCUCAAAGAAGCGCCAAAAGAAGAGAUCAUAGUUGUUGCUGAUCUUGCACAAAGAUGCUUACAUUUGAGCGGAAGAAAUCGACCUACCAUGAAAGAAGUAGCAAAGGAGCUAGAAAGGAUACAAGUCGGUGAUAAUAAAGAUUCAAAGGGCAGUCAACAUAAUUACGAAGAGUUGGCAUAUGCACAACCUGAAUUUAUAGACUACUCUUGGAAUGCUUCCACGUCAUCAACUUUUUAUAGUAAUGCUUCUAGCUCCUCGUUGCAUCAAGAAUUACCAUUAUUAUAAGCUCUCAGCUCUCAUUCUCACG